AUGCAUAGAUUCCAAGACGUGGCCCGUCCAGCGGCGACGGUGGCCAAAUAUUUUGUCGGCACACCAAUGAGAAUGGUAUCUUCAUUAUGUCCCGGAGAAUAUGCUGCACCGUCGGUUGAAACGUCGAUACCCGGACCAAAGUCAAAAAAACUUCUCGCUGAGCUUUCACAAUUUCAGCAAUCUAGUUCGAUUUCACUAUUCGCCGACUACAACAAAUCUCUGGGUAACUACUUGGUUGACGUCGAUGGUAAUGUCUUAUUGGACGUAUACAUGCAAAUAUCGUCAAUGCCACUGGGUUACAACCAUCCGGACAUGUUGAAAAUGUUGGAUAGCGACGAGAACAAAAGAACUGUUGUCAAUCGUCCUGCGUUAGGUGUUUUCCCUGCUGCUGAUUGGCCAAUGAAAUUACGAAGCACGUUGAUGAGUGUUGCGCCUAAAGGCAUGGACUCUCUAACAACAAUGAUGUGUGGGUCUUGUUCCAACGAAAACGCAUACAAAAAUAUGUUCAUGAAGUACCAGCGGGACAAGAGAGGAGGUACUUCGAACUUCACAGAACUGGAAAAGGAGUCAUGUAUGAUUAACAUGCCCCCUGGCUCGCCACAGUUGUCCAUACUGUCAUUCAAAGGUUCGUUCCACGGCCGUACAUUAGGUGUUUUAUCCACCACACAUUCCAAGUAUGUGCACAAGUUAGACGUGCCAUCGUUCGAUUGGCCGAUGGCUAGAUUCCCAGAGUACAAGUAUCCGUUGCAUGAGAAUCUCAGAGAAAAUGAACAAGAAGACGAACGUUGCUUGGCUGAAGUGGAGGAACUGAUAGAGAAAUGGGAUAAAAAAGGCAACCCCGUGGCCGGAAUCGUAGUGGAGCCCAUCCAGUCAGAAGGUGGAGACAACCAUGCAUCGCCGUAUUUCUUCCAAAAGCUUCAAAAGAUUGCCAAAAAGUAUAACGCGGGCUAUCUAAUCGACGAGGUGCAGACUGGCGGUGGCCCCACCGGUAAGAUGUGGUGUCACGAACAUUUCGACCUAGAAACUUCUCCGGAUAUUGUUACUUUUAGCAAGAAAAUGCAGACCGGUGGAUACUAUUUGAAGAACGAAUUCUUACCCGACUUACCGUACCGUGUGUUCAAUACUUGGAUGGGAGAUCCGACCAAAAUCAUAUUGUUAGAUGCUAUAUUGAAGGUGAUUAAGAGGGAUAAUCUAUUAUCAGUGGUCGAAAAGUCUGGUGAUAUACUAAUGUCUGGAAUCAGAGACUUGGAAGCCGAAUAUCCGGCUCUAAUAAACUCUACCAGAGGUCGCGGUACAUUCAUAACGUUCGACGCUGCUGAUGCCAAACUCCGAGACGACAUCGUUAAUAGACUUUUAACCAAAGGAGUCCAAUCUGGAGGAUGUGGAGUUGUAGGUAUCAGAAUGCGGCCGGCGUUAAUCUUUCAGCCACAUCAUGCUCACAUGUUCAUCGACAGACUUCGCCAGGUGUUGGCUGAAACUAAAUAGAUUCCACAUUGUAUUAUACAACUAUUAUAUCUGUUUAGAAAGAGUGAGCAUCUAUUUAUAAUUUUGUGAUAUUAUUGAAAAAUAUGUCUUCCAAUGUAAACAAUGUUAACACAAAGGUUUUUAAACGCAAACGAGUCUUCCAAAACAUUUUACACAAUUAUUACAAAUAUUGAAUCGUAUGUAUAAUUUAUUAUAAAGUAGAUAUUAUUUUGCAUUAUUACAGUUAAAUAUAAUAAUAUUAAUUAUGAUGUGCUAAGAUAACAUUACCGUUUUUAAAUGUCUAAAAGUUAUAUUUAUUUUAAUUUAUUUUGAGAUAGAACGCAUGUUUU